AUGCGGGAAGAAGAAGAAACUAAAGGGGCUACAAAGGAGCAGCAAGAGAGAAAUAGCAUAAGUCGCAAGGAGGCAAUAUCACAGCAGGCGACCGAUCGCUUGGCAAAACUACUGGGUCGUCACGUCAAUUAUGUUGACGAUGACUGGCAACAAGAAGGCGGUGGGAGAAAGGUCCCAAACGAAGACACCACAAAUGGAUAUCAUGAAGCUCGAGGCAAAGAGUCAAGGUCAAAAACUAGGACAACAGAAGAGAGGGACAUGAUCGACAAGUUGGUUAGGGGGUCUUUCAAGGCGAUGAAAGACAUUGCAAAGCAAACACAGGAAGAGCUCAUAAAUCUUCGGAUGAAAGAGGGUGGAAAUCUCACAGAGCAUUUUAACACUUUUAAUCUGUGUAUUACUGGCUUACAGAAGGUAAAUGUGGUUGAUAGCACGGAGGAUGUGGUAAUGAUGUUGUGGGCACCGUUGCCUUCAUCCUAUGAACACUUUUGGAAGAUGCUGAUGAUUGGCAAGAGUAUUCUCGAUUUCGAGGAGGUGGUGGAAGACUUGGAUUGUUCAAGCAAGUGCAAGGGCAAGAAAGGCAAUGAGAGGAAUCCUAAAUUCAAGGACAAUAAAAGGUGCUUCAAGUAUGGGUCGACGGAGCAUUGA